CUCGGGCCUUCAGUACGCGAAACCAUCCGCGGCGCGGCGGAAGGCGCGCCCCUCUCCUUCCGGGCCGCCGUAGUUUAAAAAAAAAAAAAAACGGUUACCCAGCAACGAGAUAAAACAACUGGAACCAUCCGCACCAGCUUGAAGAGAAAGAAGAGGUACCGUAGGCAAUUCUUUCCAAGGAGAUGUCGAUACCUUUCUCCAACACCCACUACCGAAUUCCACAAGGAUUUGGAAAUCUUCUUGAAGGGCUGACCCGGGAGAUUCUGAGGGAGCAACCGGACAAUAUACCAGCUUUUGCCGCAGCGUAUUUUGAGAACCUACUAGAGAAACGAGAGAAAACCAACUUUGAUCCAGCAGAAUGGGGGUCUAAGCUAGAGGACCGCUUCUACAACAACCACGCAUUCAAGAACCAAGAACAACCUGAGAAAUGUGAACAAGAAAUGGCCAGGUCAUCUGGGAGAGAAGAAACACCAGUUACUCCCUUUGAGGAGUCUACUGAGGAAGAAAAAGAAAAGGAGGAGCAAGCUGCUCUCAAAAUCCAGUCAGCCUUCCGGGGACACGUGGCCAGAGAAGAAGUAAAGAAAAUGAAGUCAGAUAAAAUUGGACAAGAGAAAAGAAAGGGACAAGAGUGAGGUCACAGGUUUUAACCCCCAGAAAACAUGAAAAAGUAAUCCAAAUCCAUCAAUGUUGUGGUUGUCUUUUUUUCCUCAGUAAAGGAGAUCUGAUGUGGAAUGACAUUCAUUGCUGUUGUGAAAAUCUGUCACGAGCAUUUGUUUAAUAAGCAUGCCACUGAAACACACCCUUUGAAGAGUUCCCUGGGAACAGGAGAAUUGGCUAGACUUGUCCCAAGCUGUGUAUAAACACCUUUGGAUUCAGCGUCUGAACAGUAGUGUCUAAGGAUUCAGAGACCUCGGGUCAUGUGGUCUAAUACCUGGUGAGUAGUUU